GGGGACAGUGUGGGAGAGGGAGAGAACCGGUAGGGAAAUCUGGACAAGGCUCUUGGGACGUGAAUUUGGGAGGAAGAAGAGUUUUGAGAAGUUUGGUGGGUACCAGGUCACAAAGGGACCUGGUGAGCCAUGCUAUUUAUGGAUUUGAAUUUUCUCUCAGCUGCAAUAGCUUUCUCAGUUGGCUGGUUGUUUUUCCAUGUGAGGUAACAGCUUUCUCUUCUCCCUGAUCAUCUGCGGGUUGGUCAUUAAGGAAUAAAUACAAAGUAAAACUUAAUGCAUAAGGGAGUUAAAGAAGGCAGCAAGGGACAGAGUCAAAUCUCCUCUGGAUAGUGCAGUCAGCCCAUGUGAUUUAGCACCUAGUAACAGGUACUUUUGUGUCUGGCAACAAGUAUAUUUGAUAGAUGAAAUUGUGAUUUAAAACUCAUCAAGGCUGUAAUUUUCAUGGACAGCUAUGUAAAUAGAAUAUGGGAAGCCAUCCCCCCUCAUGUUAUUUGAAACAUGGUUUGAUAAAACCUGGAUUCAGGAUAAACGUCAUAUACCAGUAAUUAAAAGAACUGAAAAACAACUCAUCUCAUAAUGGUAUUGAUUGCGAAUGGCUGAAAGCUGGUACUUAUGCUGAACUCCAUUUUUCUCUCAGCUGAAAGACAGGAAUUCGAUGCUUUAGUCUUCCACCUGGGCCUAGGAUGACUCAGACGCAUAAGUAAAGCCUGGGGACUGAAAUUGGAGCAGUUGUUGCUUUCCUUCUAACUAUUCUAAUUCUUGUAGGUGAUAUUUUAACUCUGCCGUCUGUGUUUUGAAGACUUUUCUUGUAAUGGAGUUCCCUGACUUGGGGAAGCAUUGUUCAGAAAAAACUUGCAAGCAGCUAGAUUUUCUUCCACUAAAAUGUGAUGCAUGUAAACAAGAUUUUUGUAAAGAUCACUUUACGUCUGUUGCUCAUAGAUGUCCUUUUGCAUUCAAGAAGGAUGUGCAUGUCCCAGUGUGCCCGCUUUGUAACAGUCCUGUCCCAGUGAGGAAGGGAGAGCUGCCGGACGUGGUGGUGGGCGAGCACAUGGACCGGCACUGCCAGUGCAACCCCGUGAAGACGAAGGCGAAGAUUUUUACACACCGGUGCUCUAAAGAAGGCUGCAGGAAGAAGGAGAUGCUGCCGCUGGCUUGUGACCAGUGUCAGAGCAACUUCUGUAUUCAGCACAGACAUCCCCUGGACCACGGCUGCAAGCACAGCGGCCACCCUGGCAGCAGGGCGGGGGGUUCGGACAUGAGGGCCUUGGAGCCCCAGCCGCCGGGAGCCCUGAGCCCCUGCUCUCCCCGUUGGCUGGCUCAGCGGUUCAGAUGGAAAAUACGGAGAUGAUGACAUGGUUGUACCUGUUCUUCAAAGGGGCAGAUAAGCUCAUUUUGGUGUAUUAUUUUGACUUUGUAGAUAACUCUUACGUUCUAGCACUUUCAUACUUCUUAUGACAGACUGAGACUUUAUCAAAGCUUUCCCCAUAAAACAGUGGGUAUACUCGUGAUGCUCUGUUGUGGGCGAAGCUGAUACCCAGCCCCCCGGCUUAGUGAACAGGACGCCAGCACGGCUCGGGGAGUGGCUCUCCCCAGGGCUGGCCUGGUCAGGGGCCUGGGUGAAGGCAGCUCCGUCCCCAGCACUGGCCCUGUGAUGACUGUGGCCUCCUGAGCCCAGAGCUGGGAAGGGCCACGCCGCCCUUGCUGGGGUUCUUGUCCCAAAUGGCCGCCGUCCUCCCGCCGUCCUCCCACUCGCAUUCCAGGACGCAGCCGUAUGGCCAUAUCUGACCCGAGGGGAGCUGGGAAAUGGUUUUUAUGAAAGCAGGAUUUGUUGUGGUGGCCUGCUACUUGCCAUCUCUGCCACAACUGGCUUCUGAAAAUAGACACAUUGUCAGCCAGUAAUGAGCCAGUGUGUGGAACAGCUUAUCGGUUCAACUCCAAGAAAAAGCCACAAAAUGGCAGCUGCUAAGGACAGCUCUGUCCAGAAUUUAAGUGAGAGAAGCUGCCAGAAGUUAUUCACAAAACUGCAGGGAGGGGGUUUCUUAAAUACUGGAGGUUACAGGGGCUUGUUUUUUUUGUAGUUUUAAGCACAAUUCCUGUGAUCUGAGGGAGAAUCAACUGGGAUUCACGCUUUAAUUGAUGAGCACGUGCACAUGUCAGGGCCCAGCCCAGUUUUCACCCCUGGCCAGGAACAUGUUCUGUUAACACUGAUGACGUUGGGAUCAGUGUUAGAUUUAUACUGGUGGGUUCUGCCUUGGCUGAGGGAGCUCUCUCCUUGGCUCAUGGGCUUCAGAAAAUAGGUGAAAUGAGUUGCCUGAACUGUAUCCUGAGGCUCUGCCCCCCCCCCCCCCAGGUAAUCUGGCCACACGUUCCAACAUCCCUUUGAGAUGUUUACUGCAUCUGGAUUACCAAAAAUCUGAGCAAUUCCUUCAUCUGUUUCUGUAUCCUCAAAACAAAAAGGAGAAAGGGGCUUGUAUUCAGUUUCUGUUCUAUACCCAGGGAGCCAGUACUGUUCUGCCACUCGGGGGUUGGUGGUGUUUGUUCUAGACCAGCAGUCCCCAGACUCGACUGCAUCAGUGUCGCCCAGAGGGCUUGGCCCCAGCCCGGAGUUUCUGAUUCUCUGCAUUGGGGGCAAGAAUUUGCACUUGAGGUUCCCGGGAGUCCUGCGUGGACAUGCCCCCUUCCUGUACCUGUGUGUCCAGUGGGCACAACCGCCAGCAGGUGGCCUUGGCAGUGCCUGGAGUCCUGCUCUGUAGCCAAGGAGUGAGCCCUCAGCUUUAUUUCAGUCACUGAAUGUCUAAGACUCAUCUCUGUGAUUAGAAAACUUUUAAGUAUGUUUGGAACUUGGGUGUGUGGACUUUUUUUUUUUUUUUUUUUUGGUGCAAAUGUCACUUUAUGAAAUAUAAAUAAAGAUCAAGUGUUUCUGAUGAAAAUUUAAUGUUCAACUGAAAUGUGUCCAAAUUCAGUUUAAAAACACACCAAAUAUAGAAGAUAAUAGCAAAAAAAAUGUAAAAAUCUCAUAAUUAAAAAUAUUUAUACAGUGUUGAAAUUGUAUUUUGGUUCUGGAUUAAAUAAAACAUUAAUAUAAA